ACCAAGCAACGCUCAACUCCCAAGCAGCAUGUCUCUUCUUCGCCAGACUUCCGGUCAUUGCAUGCGCUACGCCGGGCGCCCGCUGCCGCCAAGUGCGCGCUGUGGUCGCAGCCGUCACAACGUCCACUCGCCCGCUGUGCUGGCUUCACUCGCGCGAUGCAUUGCCACAACGUCCUCAACUCGUAUCAAUACCGCUGGCAGUGCCUCACUCGCGACCAAGCAGCAACUGACAGGCCGCUACGUGUCAAGCGCUCUCAUGGACCGCGUCACGUCCCUCUCCAAGUCUGUCGACGACUACAUCGACAACCUCAUGACGAUUCCGACCGUCCUCUUUGCAAAGUACCCGCCCAGCAUGCAGUUCAUCGACGACGACGACGACGACGCCGAGUUGUAG